AAAAUCUAGACUUGGGAGAAGAGUCUACAAGCUUCCAUUAUUCUUCCUAUAACUGAAAUUCUCAACGUCGUUCUUCUUUCACUUUCAUAAACCGAGCUCUCCAACUACCUAACAACACUCUGGUUGCUGCUUUGAUCGAUCGUUUGAGAAGGAGGUAGGUAGCAUAAAUUUGUGCAAAGUGAUCUCUGAUAGCUUUUUAGGGUUUUUUUUGGACGCUGUUGUUAAAAGAAGAAUAUGGAGCCAUACAAUACAUUGAAGAUGAAGAGGAAGGAUUUGGAAGAUGUUUAUGAUGAAUUCUCUGAAUUUUCACUUUCUUCUCCCGCCAGAAAAAUUCGUCGACUGGAUGCAGAUUUGCCUCCCAUAAUAGAAGAGGUUGAAGAACCAGAGAUUCCUAUAGCUUUUGAGCAAGCAGCUACUUAUCCAAGCUUCGGAAGCAAUGCAGUAAAUAGGGGUCUAGUAAUUGAGGAACUGCCAAGUGUGCCUGAGAAUGAAGAGAGGGCAAUUGUUCUAUUCAAGCCCAUGAACACACAGCCUAUGCAUUCCCCUUCUAAUUUCUCCGUUAAAGUGGAUCCCCAGUUUCUUAAUGGUUUCAAGAGUCAAAUCUUCUGGGAUAACACUGCAAAUGCAUUUAGACUAGUUGACAAUGAAGCAACGGAACAGGACGACUGUAGUUCUGCAAAAGAAUGUCUAGCGGUUGUUCCCUGGGUUCCAUCUCAAUUUCCUUCUGCAGCAGAAGCUGAAGUCCUUAGUCAACCUGAUGUUUCAGAUAUGAUGGAUGCUGAAGAUAUGGAGGGAGUAGCUAUGGAUAUUGAAGAUAACAGUGUGGAUGUUGAACCACGAACUGCAGUCGAGACUGGUGCAGUUGGUGUAAAUGAUGGUUUGCAUCAUUGGCAACAACAGCAUUGUAUGACGACGACUCAACUGCCUCAGAACACAUCAACACCUAUUCCCUGGUACCGGUAAUUGGCAUAAAGAUUCGGAUGUUAUAAUUACGAUUAGAUAUUAUUAGAACUCUCCAUGGGUCUCCUCUUGCAAGGAAGCAUUGGUUAGGUAAAAGAGGGUGAAGUAAAUAGUAGAUAAAAGUACUAGAAUGUGAAUUGAAAAGGUCAGGAGACCGUUAUGUUAAAUUCAGCUAGCAGGGCCUCUAAUAUGUCGAGCGAAGAGCUGCUUAUGGUUUUAUAA